UACUCCUCUCUCUCUCUCUUUCUCUCUCUCUCGCCCUUUCUCCAUCGCGGGCUCUGCUGCUCCUCCUCCUCCUCCUUCAAGACACUCCCAAGCUUCCCGGUCGCCGACCCUUUUACCGUCCUUUCGCCUUCAGUGUUUCUCUUCCAUAUCAUGAGGAUUCGGAAGAACGCAAGCCACAUGUCGGGACCAGCAGCAGCAGCAGCGAUGCCGCCUGAAACCACCGCCCACGUCAUCUGCCAGCUAAAUCAGUCGCCGUGGGAUCUGAUUCCCUCCUCCUCCUCUUACUACUCCGCCGCCGCCGCUCAUCCCGACAGUUUCCCCUCUCCCUCCUACUUCCUGCUAAACCGCCAGUUCCAAGCUGGGGAAGGUAGCAACAUCACCGGCAAUGGUAGCUUAGACGGCUCCGUCGGCGGUGGCGAGAGCGUGGCGUCGAUGAUGGAGGACGACACGGAUGGCGGAGACCAGAAGGCUGAGGAUGGGGAGGAAUCGACGGAAGCGGAUGUUUUCAACUAUCACGAUAAUGUUAAUGGCAAUAAUGGCGCCGCCAGUAGGUGGACGACGAGGAGAGGGGGGAGGGUAGUGAGUGCUAGCCACGGGAAGACGGCUGCGAACAAUACGACGUCGUCGGGGCGUCGAGGAGGGAGGGCAAAAGCGGCAAAGAAAGGGGCGGCGGCGGCGGCAUCGAUGAGCUCCGACCCCAACGAAUUUUACUAUUAUUCUGGAUUCGGACCGCUGUGGGGAAAACGGAGAGGAGGCCACCGCGCUGGCGCUGGCGCUGGCGGCGGCGAUGAGGCUAACAAUAAUAAUAUUAGUUAUGCUAGCAGCGGGGGUACUGGUCCGGCUGCGGGCCCAAGUCGUGCGAAUUCGUCUUCGCCGCCGUUAGCUGCGUUCGAUUUUAUUGACGAGGACUACGACUUUGACGAGGAGGAGGAGGAGGACCUGGAUGGGGCGGCGGGCGGCGAUUUCAUCAGCAAGAAGCGGAUGCGGAAACCGGUGAAAGCCAGAUCCCUCAAGUCGCUGAUGUGAAUGUGCGGUGGCUGAAUCGGGGAGAUAGCUAGGGAAGCGCACUGCCGUUAGCUCGGCGGCGGCGGGCAAGGUGUUCCUUCUCGUCUCCUUGGUUGAUAUUAUCGGUGGGGGUUUCUCUUUUCGCCUUUCUUUUUAUUUUAAUUUCGAUUAUUAUUAUCGUUUGAGCUUUAUUCUGUUUUUGAAUUUUUAGGGUUUAUUUAUGAGGGGAGAGCAGUGUGUUGUCGUGUUGUUGAGAUGGGGCAAGUGGAGGAGUUGUAGCCUUGUAGGGUGCGAUCCUCGUUGGGAUACCGUAGACUUUCUUUGUGAGUGACAACUUAAAUCUAUCAUUUGGGGAAAAUCUCGCCUUAUCUAAGCUAGUUUAGAGCUGAGAUUUUUUACCAGAUGGAUUGUUGUAAUAUAGAGAUUGGAGAUUAGGUGUUGUUUGUAUGUGUAAUUUUAACU